AUGUGUUCCACGGGGGCGGGGCUCACUCCACAGCAGGAGGCCGCCUACGACCGGCGUCUGCGGGAGGCUCAGGCCGCCAAGCAAAAGGGCAACGAACUUCUGGCUGGGCUGGAGGGAGAGGAGGGGACGCCGGACGCCAACAAGAGGCUGCGUGAGGCGGCGUUCUGCUACCGGUGCGGCUGCAUGCACCUCGCAGAGUACCUCCCCGCGACGACGGAGGAGGCGGAGGGGAGCCUGCAGGACAUGUUAGUCAACCGCCAGGCGAGGGCCAGGCGCUGCCCGCUCGACGCGGGCCGACUCACCAAGGUCGCAGAGUUGUACGCCGCCCUGCAGAACAACCUGACGUUGGUGAACUCGCGUCUUGGCCGCUACGUGGAGGCGGUGGCGUGCGCCACGGCCGUGCUCGCUGUUCCCGGGCACGCGGGCGACAAGAAGGCGCUGCUGCGGCGCGCCUCCUGCAACUGCGCCCUCAAGAAUUUUGCUGCGGCGGAGAACGACCUGGACGUCCUGGAGCGCCUCUUCAGGGAGGAGGGCGUGCAGCCUGACUGCCUCGUGCCCGAGCUGCGCGGCCAAAUUUUGAGUGCCCGGCGUGAGGCGCUGGAGAAGGAGCGCAGCAUGUGCAAGAAGAUGUUCACGUAA